ACUAAGAAGUUUAUUUUUCAAGGAAUAGAACUCUUAUUACAGAAAGUCAUCCUUAUUUUUAUCAUUGUCUUUAGUUCUAUAAAUUACCGUCAAAUAUCUCAACGGCUUUUAGUCGUGCGACGAACUCUAAAGUGUACAGACAGAAUGGCUCCGCAAAUCAAAUAUACGAAGCUGUUCAUAGACAACGAGUGGGUGGACGCGAAGAGCGGCAAAACAUUCGAAACGCGCACUCCUCACGAUGGAUCCGUCAUAGCCAAGGUGGCCGAAGGCGACAAAGCUGAUAUUGAUGAAGCGGUGAAGGCAGCGCGUCGUGCCUUUCAUCGUAACUCAGAGUGGAGGCUCUUGGACGCGUCCCAGAGAGGAGCUCUUCUGAACAAGUUCGCAGACCUCAUCCAACGAGACACUGCAUACCUUGCAGCAUUGGAAUCUUAUAAUAAUGGGAUGGUUAUGGGCGUGGCUACUCAAUUUUUGGCUCGAGUCGUAUCUAAUAUCCGGUAUUUGGCCAGCUUAGCCGAUAAGGUUCAAGGGGAUACCGUUCCAUCAGAUGGCGAUCUGUUUUCAUACACGCUGAAGCAACCGAUAGGUGUAGCUGGGCUGAUUCUGCCGUGGAAUGGCCCUAUCAUAACUUUUGUCAACAAAGUCGUCACUGCAUUAGCUGCUGGAUGUACUGUAGUAGUGAAGCCAGCAGAACAAACACCUCUUACUGCAUUAGCAUUAGCUGCUUUACUGUUGGAAGCUGGCUUCCCACGAGGUGUGGUCAAUGUGGUCAACGGGUAUGGGGAAACAGCGGGUGCUGCGCUUACGCAUCACCCGCAUGUCGCUAAGAUCUCUUUUACCGGCUCUGUUGAGGUUGGCAAAUUAAUCCAACAAGCCGCGGGGGCAAACAACCUGAAGAGGGUGACACUAGAGCUUGGUGGCAAGAGUCCUCUGGUCAUAAUGGAUGAUGCUGAUCUAAACGUCGCUAUCCCAUUUGCUGCGAAUGCAAUCUUCACCCACCAGGGUCAAGUGUGCGUUGCCGCCUCGCGUCUGUACGUGCAAGCUGGGAUUUAUGAUAAGUUUGUGGCUGAGGCUGUCAAACAUGCGCAAGCGCGUAAGAUCGGCAACCCUGCAGACCCCACUACACAACAUGGACCACAGGUCGAUGAAGAAAUGAUGACAAAAGUACUGGGUUACAUUGAAAAGGGCAAAAAGGAGGGAGCGAAACUAUUGACUGGAGGUAAUCGUGUUGGCAAUAGUGGAUACUAUAUCGAGCCCACUGUUUUCGCUGAUGUCAAGGAUCAUAUGACCAUUGCCAAGGAAGAGAUUUUCGGGCCUGUCCAGAGCAUCCUGAAGUUCGAUACUCUGGAGGAGGUCAUUGACCGCGCCAACGACACCAGCUACGGCCUGGCCGCUGGUAUCUUCACGACUAAUGUCAACAAUGCUCUGCAGUUCUCCAAACACGUUGAAGCCGGUUUAGUUUGGGUCAAUACAUACUUUUCAAUGAGUUGUCAAACUCCCUUCGGAGGUUUUAAAGAUUCUGGACUCGGCAGGGAAUCGGGCUUCAACUGUAUCGACGCUUAUUUGGAAGUAAAAUCAGUAUCUAUAUCACUUCCUAAAAGAAUUUAGGCACUACACGAGGCUGAGUUGAAGACGCCAGUAUUCAAGCGGAAAAGUGUGAUAUUAUUUAAGUACCUACUUGUUAUAAAUGUGUGAUUUAAUAAAGUAGCUCAAAUAUUUAAAAUAUUUUAAUUGAAUAUAUUUUUUAAUACAACUGGGGAAACG